UUUGUGAAAACAACCAAUGAAAAUCGCCUGUUGCCAGCUGCUAAUGAAACCCCUGCUAACUGUGCAUAAAUUGGCUUCCAGGUAAUGUGAGUAUAUGGAAGAUCUCAAAGCUGUUUGAAAGUGCAAGGCUCCUCGUCUCAUUGUCUGGCAAUUACCUUGACUUUCAUAAAUUGAUGGCAAAUGAUGGAACAAUGUUUAUCCGGUCUGGACAUUACAUAAUAUCUGAUGUAUUAUACCAAUCAGCAGCUAUCAACUGGCCCCUCAAGGCUACGACCAGUCUAUCGUUCAUUGGACGCACAUCCACUAACCUCACAAUUGAAAUACGGGAACAGUUGACCAAUCAACAUGUCGGAAGUCUCGAGUUCCAGUAUGUUUAUGUGAAUCGCACAAAUCGUAAAUCGCAAGCUUUUCCUGAUUGGUUCAUCCAGAAGUACAGGCCACUUACAACUCUGGAAACAAGGCCUGAUACGAUGGCACCGUUAUCACUACCAAGCAAAACAUUUUCUUAUGAUGUCACUGUUCAAUAUAGCGACACUGACCGAAAUGGGCAUACAAACCAAUCAUCUUACUUAAAAUAUGGAAUGGACGCAGCAACGAGUGCCUCCUUAGGGGGUGAAUUCCAUAACUUCAAACAAGACAUGUGUAUGUACCAUGUCCAAGACUUCCAAGCUCUAUAUACAGGGGAAAGUCUGGUUAAAGAUCAACUUGUUAUACAUACAUGGGAAGAUGGAACAAGAAAAGAUUUACUGUUCUUUCAAAUUCACAAAAAUAACCGAGCAAUAUUUCACUGUAGGCUUACUCUUUGUAAUCCAGCUUCAGCAAAGUUAUAAUUUGAAUGACCAACUUCAAAAGUCAUUGAGAUGUGACUAUUUCGUAAAUUUAUAAGAACAUUCCAACAAUUUCUAUUUAUAAUUAAAUAAAUCAGAGGACAGGCAGUCUGAACACUGUAACUUAUUUGUGGAAAUGCAUUUCUUGCAUUAUUGCAAGCCAAACAAGUCGAACAAACAUACAGUUUGGACCAUAAAUAAAUGAGUAGUCGAUUUUCUUUCACAAUUUAAUUUCCAAACCAUGGUCAUUUUAAAGCCCAUAGUUUCCAAUAUUGUCUAAAUACAUAUCCCCUAAAAUUUAUAUAUUUUACAAUUUGUAUACUCUCAUUCACUGAUGUAUGGCUUCUAUUUUUAACAUGAGAAAUCUACAGCAAAUCCAUGACUCAUUUAUUCAUGCUCCAGACUGUAUAUGUAAUAUUGCAAUUGAGGAAUCAAAAUGUGGGUCUUUCAAAGGAGAUUUGAAU